ACAGCACAGUACAACUUACUUUGCCUCCCCGGAGCUUUCCCGGAAUGGGGGACCAGAAAUUCUCCGACCACAUAGUUGCCAUACCGUUCCCAGGAAGAGGCCACAUCAACCCGUUGAUGAACCUGUGCAAGAUCAUAGCCAUGGCGAAACCCCAAGUUGUGAUCACCUUCGUGGUCACCCAAGAGUGGCAGGGUUUCCUCAGCUCCGACGCCAUGCCGGAAAACGUCCGGUUUGGGUGUAUUCCCAAUGUUCUACCUUCCGAGACUAUCCGCUCCAAAGAUUAUCCCUGCUUCAUCCGUGCCGUCUAUACGGAUAUGGAAGCUCCCGUUGACCGCCUUCUUGACGCUGUCGAGGCGCCGGCGGCUAGCGUUAUUAUCUCCGACGUGCUCUUGACGUGGGCACUGGGUGUCGGAAACCGGAGGAAUAUUCCGGUGGCGAGUUUUUGGUGCGUGUCUGUCACGGUGUUCUCUCUUUGUUUUCAUCGCCAAUUGCUUGUCGUGAAUGGGCAUUUUGAUGCGAAUUUGUCUGAGAAAGGAGAAGAAGUGGUGGACUACAUCCCUGGAGUUUCUUCCAUGCUUGUGAAGGAUCUUCCACCAACAUUCCAUUGCAAAUCACCUCCAGGUCUAGCUGUGCGUUCUCAUUUUCUUGGUGCUUUCUCAGCAGCACAGAGAGCGCAAUACCUUCUGUUCACUUCUAUUGCAGAAUUGGAAAGUCCCGCCAUUGAAGCUCUCAGAGCUAAACAUCAAACCCCUAUUUAUUCCAUCGGCUCUGCAAUACCUUACUUCUAUAGCAACCAAAGCUGCCCAGAUUACUGACCUGGCUCGAUGCUCAACCCGCUUGUUCUGUGUUGUAUAUUUCUCAGGGAAGCUUUCUCUCACUUUCAACUGAGCAAUUGGAAGAAAUCGUCGCCGGCGUCCAUGAAAGCGGAGUUUGUUUCUUCUGGGUGGCGCGUGAAAACACGGAGCGGCUGAGGGAGAGCGGCGGAAAGCAGGGGUUAAUAGUGCCGUGGUGUGAUCAACUGAGGGUGUUGCGCCACCGCUCCGUGGGCGGCUUUUGGACGCAUUGCGGCUGGAACUCAAUCAAAGAAGGGGCGUUCGCUGGCGUUCCUUUUCUUGCUUUUCCGAUAGCGCGUGAUCAGAUCACAAACAGCAAGCAGAUUGUGGAAGAUUGGAAGAUUGGGUGGAGUGUUUUGAGGAAGAUUAAUAAUGAUGAUGGUGGUAUAGUGAAAAGAGGAGAGAUUGCGCAACUUGUGAGGAGAUUUAUGGACUGUGAUAAUAUUGAAAGUAAAGAAUUGAGGAGAAGAGCAAAGCAGAUUGGAGAGAUGUGCAGAGAAUCAACAGAAAGCGGAUUGGCUAAUCGCGAUCUUCAAACUUUCAUUGAGGAUGUUUUAGGAAGCCUCAAUUCCUAAGAAUGCAUCUUCUUAAAUGAAAUGUAAAGAAUAUAUGAGUGUAAUUUAUUAGUCAAAUGUAUGUAUGGUAUGUUUGAAUACAAAUAAUAUUCUAUUCCAGCCGCCAUAUUCUAUUCAA